AAUGUGUGUUGUAUCGAUUAUGUAAGUCAAACUGCUGACUCUCUUCGAAAUUUCAACAAUAGCCAUCAUGCCUUCAGCCUUUAUCACACGCGUUGAACAAUUCAGCUCUUGUCAUAGACUCCACAGUAAUCAAUUAAGUGAUGAAGAUAAUUUGAAAAUAUUUGGUAAAUGCAACAAUAAAAAUGGACAUGGACAUAACUAUAAAGUUGAAGUAACCGUAAAAGGUCCAAUAGAUGAAAAAACUGGAAUGGUAAUGAAUAUCGCCGAUUUGAAAAACUAUAUAAAUAUUGCAGUAAUGGAACCUCUGGAUCAUAAAAAUUUAGACAAAGAUGUGCCUUAUUUUAAAGACAUUGUUAGUACAACAGAGAAUGUAGCUGUUUAUAUAUGGAACAAUUUAAAGAAAAUCAUGAAUAAUCACGACUUAUUAUACGAAAUUAAACUGUACGAAACUGAGAAAAAUAUUGUGAUAUACAAAGGGGAAUGAAAUUUCUGUACCUUGGAAAACCCGUUAUGCAAGUUAUAGCAUACAUAUACAAUUUUUUUUUACUUUCCUUAUUGAUUAAAAAAAACUAUUUAUUUAUACAUUUUUAUAAUAGUAAAAUGUUAAAAUUAUACUAAAUAUAUCAUAAAAAAAUAGAA